GUCAUUUCAAUAAACAGAAUGAAUCAGUGCAAAAAGUUCUGCGAAAGAAUGAAAGUGUAGCAGAGUUUGACGAAAUAUUUUUGAAGUUUCUCACAAUAAUUCUCACAAAAAAUCGACCAUUUACAAUUGGGAUUCAUUUCAUACAGAUAGUGAACAUGGCCUUCGUUACCAACGACGUAUCCAUCAGCGACGAGCCGAGGGAACUGCUGUUCGAUAAGCACGUCGAGUACAUUGCCAACCACGGAAAUGAUAAAAACGACUACGAGUACUGUAUGACGGAGUUCCUACGGAUGUCCGGCAUAUACUGGGGCGUGACGGGGUUGGAUCUGAUGCAUCAGUUGGAUCGCGUCAAUCGGCAGGAAAUUAUCGAUUUCAUCAAAAAGUGUCAGUGUCCGACGAGCGGGGGCAUUUCGGCCUGCGAAGGACACGAUCCGCACCUCCUGUACACGCUGAGCGCGGUGCAGAUUCUGUGUAUCUACGAUUGCCUGGGGGAAAUCGACACCGAUGCCAUUGCCCGGUAUGUCAGCUCCCUUCAACAGCUGGACGGGAGCUUCUUCGGGGAUAAGUGGGGCGAAGUGGAUACCCGGUUUUCGUUCUGCGCCGUGGCCAUUCUGAGUUUGAUUAACAAAAUGGACGUGAUCGAUCUGGAGAAAGCGGUCAACUUCGUCAUGUCCUGCUGCAACUCGGACGGUGGUUUCGGAUCGAAACCGAACGCCGAAAGCCACGCAGGGCUGAUCUAUUGCUGUGUGGGAUUCCUCUCCAUUACCGAUCAGCUCCAUCGGCUGGAUUGCGAGAAGCUGGCCUGGUGGCUGUGUGAACGUCAGCUGCCCAGCGGAGGACUCAACGGUCGACCGGAAAAACUACCGGACGUAUGCUAUUCAUGGUGGGUACUAGCAUCGCUCACCAUUAUGGGACGAUUGAACUGGAUCAGCGAUGAGAAGCUGAAAAAGUUUAUUCUGUCGUGCCAGGACGCCGAAACGGGAGGAUUUUCGGAUCGCACCGGUAACAUGCCGGACAUUUUCCACACACUGUUCGGCUUGGGAGCCCUAUCGCUGCUCGGUGACGAACGAUUACGAAAGGUAAAUCCAACAUUCUGUAUGCCACAGUACGUCAUCGACCGUUGCAACGUAAAACCGAAAGUGAUCACCCUGUGAAAAGAAAAGCCCCGCUAGCACCUCUAUAUCUUAUUUAGACACAAAGAUUUUUAUUUGAACAUUUGCUAUUUUUCUUACACCAACUACAGCAACGAUUCCAUGGAUGAAUAUGAUUUUUGUUUUCUUGUUA